AUGAUUGCCAAUGAUGAGGAUGGGAGACUUCCUUUGACAAUGGAAUCAUCGCCCAAUGAUGCUGCUGUUGUUGGAGAAAACAACAAGCAGCUGAUUGUCAUACCCAGAAGCACAUUUACCGCUUUAAGGUUUCUUUAUGCUACACCAGAAGAGCUCAACAAGAGUUCGAAAGUGGUGUUUCUAGGAACUUUCCCUGAGCAGUGGAUUAUCAAAAGGUCCUCUAGCCUCAUAAGUCACAUAUCCACUAUUAAAGACAAGAAGUUGAACGCUUUUUUUGACGCUGCUCCUGCUAUUGUUGUCAAGAGGUAUUUUCUGGUAAGUGAUAAGUUUGACAAACUUGCAAGGAAGGAGACUUCUGAACUAUCUCGUUCUAAUCAGCGAAAUAUUAUUGUCAAAGAUGAUAAAAGUAUGGUUUCCGAGAGUGUAAAUCAGGCUGGUGAAUCAACGCUGCAUCAAAAUGGUGACCAGAUAUCAAAAGUUGUGUUCAAAAUGAAAGAUGAUGCCAAAAAAAUCAGACUUCAGAAAAGUCGUUUGCAACUCCUUCAGGCCAGCAACAAAUUUCAGAACUCUCCUAUUUCUGCGUCAGAGAAAAAUCAUCAUCAUCAUCAUUAUCAUUUUGGAAAAACUGACGACCAGUUUUUGGUUCGAAAUAUUCAGCCGCGGCCAACUAAUAUUAAUCCGGACAUAGUGGUAACUGGAGGUGCAAAGAAAAUAAGAUCCGCUGAAGAGCGAAGGUUUGAAAGAAUGAAGAAAAAAACUUGGAAGGGGGCAACGAAUAUCAAGGAAUAUUUGUAUGAAGAUCAAGUGGAGCUUUUAAAAAGAGUUCUUAGGAAUUAUCAAGUUGGUGAACUUGUGAAAGUUCAAAAAAUGUUAGUCCUGGUGAAAUUGGUUUCUAAUCCGCUCUCUGGAAUGGUUUCUGACUCGUCAUCUACUGAUUACCGAACUCUUGAACGUUGGAAAGAAUAUUUUGUGGCAGUUAGAAGUACUGGUAAUGUCCAGGUGCCGUUGCUCGUGCAAUUUCAUACUGAUCGUACAAUUAGAAAACAUGAUGAGCGUAUGGUAAAUGGGAAGAGUUCGAAAGAUGUUAGAACUAGAAACACUCUGCUUGAUUUUUUGUUGAAUAUCAAGACCUGUACUGUGGGGUUUUAUAAUGCUUUGGAUAAGUCUGUUGCGAUAUCAGUACCAUCCAAUGAAGUGGAAGAUGGUUACAGAGUUUAUAUUUUCAAAGGCCCGUCACAGUUUGUUUGUAUUGAGUGGUACUUGUUCAUCAAGACCUCUUUGGGAUUCAAUCGUGAUAACCGUAUGAAAAUUCGCGUUCCUGGUUUAGACUUGGAAUUGGAAAUCGAGGUUGCAGUUGAUGAAUAUGAGGAAAUUAUAGAGGAGAGUAGAAAUACCCAAACAUUAACCUUAUCUUUUGAAGAAUACGGAUAUCGCAUCAAUAACACCACCUCUGUUUCAUAUAUCAUUAAGCUACUUGUUGAAAAAUUAACGGAAAUUGAAAAUGACUUUAUUGAAAUCUCUCGAUGGUUAAAAGAGGCCACCAGUGCCAGUUGCAAGCUUGGGCUUGCUUGGAAAAGCUACGAUCGGUUGAGUUGGGUCGGGGAAUUUGACCAGAAUAUUUUAUGGCAAUACCACGCAAUGAGUAAUACUCACACUCUAGAAUUGCACAUAAUUUCCAACCAUCCGACCUCAGCAAUGUCAACUGAAGGAAUUUUUUUACAGGAACCGGUUCGAGUUGAAGGGUUUCUUUGGAAAUUGAAGCAUGAUGCCAAGAAAAAUAUGUCUAAAGUUCUCAAGGACUCAAAAAUGUCAUUGAAAUAUUACUUCAGCAAUAAAGAGCUCUUAUAUUUCUGUGGCUAUUCCGACGCCCUACCUCCAGUACCCGAGUUGUACAGGCAAGAUUCUUUAGAAACCAUUUUCUCCAAGGAUUAUUAUCAUGAUCUCAUUGAGAAAAUCCCCGCAGUUUAUGAAUCCUGUCUAUAUGAAUUAGAUGACAAUGGUCAUGUUAAAUGGCUCUGUCCUGAUUCUGAAGAUUAUAAAUCCCGUAACUUGGCUUGUUUGUUGGAUACGAAAAGAGUAGCUUACCAUCUCCUCAAGUCACAAGGUGCCAUUAACUUACUUGAGGUUGAUUAUGUGGAAAACCAAGACGAGACCUCUAUGGCACUCGUCAUGCACAAUGGAGCCAGGCUUGUCCUCGGUGCUUGUGAUUUAGAAACCAAGAAUGAAUGGAUCGGCAAAAUUACCCAGCUUUCCGAAUACUGGAAACUACGGAAAGAAGAAGACGUGUCGCGGAUCAAGUAUAUUCGUGAACGCAAUCUCUCAACAUUGAAUAUUACGGAGCACGACGAGGCCACGUUUGUUGAAAAAGCCGCUAAUUGGGAGUUGAAAAAAGGGAUUUCCGAUCCCCAGAUUUACAACAUAAACUCUCUAUCCACAUUGAAGCUUGUCAUAUACAGUGGUGAGCUUUAUCAAAAACCUCGCAAGCAUGCCAAUUUUGAAAAAUACUACGUGGUACUUGCCCCAGGGUACCUCUUGAUCUUCAAGAUGUUUUCUCGUCAUAAAGUUAGUAACGUCAUUUAUUCCAACGCCACAUAUGAGCACUACAUGAGCAUCCCAUUAAGUUCUUGCUACUUGUAUACUGGGGGUAGCACCGCGUCAGAUCUAUUGCAUCGAGAUCGGAAUUUUGAUAUUAUGAAUCCCGGCCACCAUGCUCUUCCGAAAGUCUAUUUAGAUGGUUGGAAGUGUUGUGAAGACGAAACUGCUAGAUGUUUUACCAUUUGGAUAGGUAGCAAGAAAUUGAUUUCCAAGGGAAAAAACCAAGGAUCAAAAAUCGGAAGGAAGACUGCUUGGGUUAAUAGAUUGGGAAGGGAGGGAAGAAGUAUGGUAUUCAUGGCAAGAAGUCGCCAGCAACGUGAUUUAUGGGCGUUGAAUAUUUUAAAUGAAAUUGGAAGAUUUGACCUUGGAAGAGGUGAAGAAGAAUUUCACGUUGUUUGA